CACGGUAUGAGCUCUAGUUUAGGCUCCUAAAAAUUGGAAAUUGGAAUAACUGAGUUUAUUCCAUUGUAAAAUUUAAAGAAAAAUACCUUAAUAUUUACUGGCGUUCCUUGUGUCAAAAAAACCGUCAAAAAUUCGUUGCAAAAUGGCGCGUGCAGCUUUAUGCAUGGCCAUCGCUUGCAUCUUCUUGGUGCAAUGCGUUUACUCUCAGAAAUACGAUUCUGAGAACCGUCGUUUGAUUCUCGAUAUCAACGAUCAAAAGACAACGAAUCAGCAAUAUUAUUCGUCAAACUUUGACACAAAUGCCUAUCGAUAUGGCUAUGAUGUCGGCAAGACCGGCAACUUCCAUCAUGAGACCCGUGGUCCCGAUGGUGUCACCUAUGGUUGCUAUGGCCUCAUCGAUCCCUACCAUCUCCUCCGGGCAACACAUUAUGUGGCCGAUGCCCAUGGCUAUCGCACCGUGGAGCCGGAGAAACCAGUGGAGACCUUCCCGCCGCAUCUGUACCAGGAGACCGCUGGAGGACCCUCGGAGCCGGGUAUCCUGCUCCAGUGGCAUGAACUCUACUUCCCCAUUGGAUGUGGCAAGUUUGCCAAUGGAGCGCAACAUGGUGUUCCCUACUUUAUUGGAGAUUACAAGGCCAAGGAGGGUAGCAACGAUGCGAUACCAUCGUUCUCCGUCAACAUUCCCGUCCUAAAGGGUUCCGACCAGAAGAGUCUGCCCAUCCAUAAGCCCACGGGUCCAAUUGUGCCCCAGGGUACGGGCAUCUUUGGCACGGAUAAGGGACACAGCGACCACAGUCAUCCUGGGGAUCAGGCACCGUCCUUCCAUUCGGUGAAUACCCUGCUACCAGGCAGCAAUAAUGAUGGCCAAUACGUGCCGGAUAAUAAUCCGUAUCAGCAUGUGGUGGGACCUAAUGGCGGCAAUGGAGGCAACGGCUCUGGCGGCGGCUUCGGUGGAAAUGGAGGCGUUGGCGGUUUCGGUCCCAAUGGACCAAAUGGUCCCAAUGGACCCAAUGGACCCAAGGGACCGUUUGGUCCACCGGGACCACCGGGACCGAUCGGCGCGGGAGGAGGAGCCUCAGGAAAGCCGGUCUAUAGGGAUGGUGAUCGGACUGGCACUGGCAGCGGUUCCGGAAUCGGUUCCGGCGAUCGCUAUACCACCGGUAAUGGCGGUGCAUCCGGUUCCGGUGAUCGUUAUACCACCGGAAACGGUAACGGCAUCGGCGGUGGCGAUCGCACGGGCACCGGUAGCGGUUCCGGAAUCGGCGCCGGUGGCCAAUAUCGGCCUGGAAAUGAGGGAACCUACACGAGCACCUACACGCACACAGAGACCGGUUUUCCUGGGGCCAUCGCAUAUCAAGCAGAUAACGGUAAAUAUAUUGACCAUGGUAACGAUGGACGCUAUAGAGGUAUUAACGAUGGUAAAUAUUAUCACGAUGAUUCUGGCAAAUAUGUGCACGUUGAAGGCCCAACUGGUCCACCGGCACCCCCAUAUGUCCAUGUUGUUGGACCCGAGGGCGGAUUCGGCGGUGAAGGCGGCAAGGGUGAUGGCGGCGGUGUAGGCCCAGGCGGCCCAGGAGGCCCAGGCGGUCCCAAGGGACCUGGCGGCCCCAAGGGACCCAACGGACCCCCAGGACCUCCCGGCCCACCCGGACCACCAGGACCUCCCGGACCCAAGGGACCCACCAAGCCCGGACCUAAGGGACCCUUCGGACCUCCCGGCCCACCCGGACCACCUGGACCCACUCGUCCUGGCCCAUAUGGACCACCUGGACCUCCCGGCCCCACUCGUCCCGGCCCACCAGGACCUCCUGGACCCACACGUCCCGGCCCACCAGGACCACCUGGACCCACUCGCCCCGGACCACCAGGACCAACUCGUCCAGGACCACCGGCACCACCAAAUGACCCACGGUAUUCGGACAAGGAGACACCUGGCUAUUUGCCACCAGACCAACCGGGUAAAAUCUCGAAACCACCACCAUCCCACUCACAAGUCAUUGCAAUUGAGCCACCAACAAUUAAGCCAGUUUUUAAGCCAAAUUACGAACACAACAAUGAUUAUGUGCAUAAGCAGGUGCCCGUAACGACAAAGCCACCACUAACCUAUAUUCCACCUUCUUUCCCUCCCAAUACACCAAAACCCUAUGUUCCCGCUCCCGUUCCCGUUCCCGCUCCUGUUCCGCCAUCCCAAAAAAUAACAACCACAACAACGACGAUUGUACAGCCAAAGGUCCCGGCUAUCACUAUUAAGAAGGAUACGCCAGUUAAGAGCGUUACGCCACCGCCAGUGACAACGGGUAAUAUUGAAAACCAUACUUACCUACCACCGCCACAGCCGACGCCUAAAUACGUGACCAAGACCUCGACUCCGACUCCGAUUCCGAUUCAAUACAAUCCCUCGACACCGAGACCCUUCGAGAAGGUGAACACUGCACCGCCUCAGAUACAAUAUCAUACGCCACAGGUGCCACCAGUGCCUGGUUAUACUGUGACCAAGACACCAACUAUUCCACCGACAUAUAGACCACAACCUUAUGUCGAAUCGAAAGUAACACCUCGUCCCUCUCCACCAUUGCAUGUGCCAUCGAUCAGCGAUCAGUCCUGUGUGUGUAACGCCGAUAAGACGCACUCAUCAAGAAACACCCUUACCUCCACCACUAGCACCACUAGCCACCACACCACCACGAACUCCUAUCCCAAUCCCGCCUCUGUUGACUUUAACAAACAAUUCUCCGGCUUCAACGGACAAGCGAACUUUGGCAGCAUAAUAAACGCCAUGUCACUAACCCAACUGCCCGUGAUACCCCAAGCGCCCGGACAGCCGGCCUUCUAUCCGCCGGAUAAGAUCCCCAAGGGUGCCGUCAUUGCCCUGAUGCCUGUGGUUAUCCUGCCGCAGGAGUAUUAUUCCAACUGCGAGGAGAACUCCGUCUAUCAACAUUCAAACAUCGAUCCCUUCCCACUGGGCGUUCAGCCGGCAUCCUUUAGCCUCCACUCUGUGCUCACGGGUUCGGCCCCCAAAGAUCAGUGCAUGUGUCCCUGCUCCUGCACUCAGAAUCUGCCAAAUAGGUUGCACAAGAAGCGUGAGGCUACGGAGGAGGUCAAGGACGUCGAACCCGCGGCAUCUGAGAAGGUAGAGGAAGUCAAGGUUGAACCCGUAGCCGCCGCCUCUGAGGAAGUUAAGAUCUCUGCCUCUGAACCUGUGGUAGCAGCCUCUGAGGAGGUAAAGAUUGCAGCUCCCGAGGAGACCAAGGUGAAGGUUGAACCUGUGGCCGCAGCCUCUGAAGAGGUCAAGACACAGGUGGAGCCCAAGCCUGCGGCCUCUGAGGAGGUCAAGUUUCAAGUAGAACCCGUGGCAGCACCCUCUGAGGAGGUCAAGGCACAGGUUGAACCCGAAGAGAUCAAGAUACUGGCUGAUCCCAAGCCAGAAAUUAAGGCGACUAGCGAGACGAACUAAGACAAGAACUACGAAAAGAACAUCCAACCAAUUACCAAUUACCCUUCCCAGAUCCCGCUUUAUCCAAUCCCAACCUCGAUCCUACCUCCCAAAAAAAACAAAAAACUAAACCUAGUCUAAGUGUUUUUAGUGUCUGCCAGGCAGGGCCAACCAGCAUUUAAGAUGGGCAAAAUCGACGGAGAGCCCGGGUUAUGUGUUCGCUUUCUUGUGUUAUUUGAAUUUCAAUGAUUUUCUAAAUGCACUCCAGACCGCCUGUCCACGACGAGUAUAUAUAAAUAUAAAUAUAUCGGCGCGCUCUCUAUGUAUAAUUCCUUUAAAUUCUAAAUGUGUAAUCACAGAGAAUUUGGCAAAAGAAAAAGAGAAAAUUGUUUGUGACAUGUUG